UUUUGAGCCACGCAUGCGAGCCUUUGAGAGCGAUGAGAUGUGUGCGUCGGUCCCUUUAAAGCGCAUGCUGACUAGCGGGCUGGCGAACGGUCCAGGAUAUCGUAGAGGAAGAGAUCGAAACACAAAGGGAUUUUCAGAGCUGCGACUAUGGGCGUCAAAUUAUACUACACCACCGUCACCGCUUCAAGGGAGGUGAAGUCCCAGCAGGCUGAGGUCAUGCGCAUCCUGGACAGCAAAAGCAUCCAGUAUGAGCUGAUUGACAUUUCUGUGGGCGGGGCCGUGCGGGAGGAGAUGAGGUCCAAGGCAGGGAAGCCCACCGCUGUGCCCCCUCAGCUUUUCAACGAUGACCAAUACUGUGGGGACUACCAGAUGUUCUCUGAAGCUGUGGAGGAAGACACCGUGGAGCAGUUUCUGAAGCUGGCAUGAGCACCCCAACCCCUGUCCCCCACCCCACACCCCCAUACCGCACCUCUCUCUCUGCCCCAACCACAGGAUAAAUGCCAAAAACAAGACAUCCCCCCAGCGCUGAACCCUAUCACCCUAAACCCCAACCUUACUCUAACUCUGAAAUCAAAUCCCUGACCUGUAACCUGACCCCUGACCCCUGAACUGGACCCUGCUCAUCAGUAUUACUGUAUUUUGGUUUAGUGUCACUGUGCCUGACUGUCUUGGCCCAAUUCCCAUUCAGGAACUGGAAAAGGAUCCUGUUUGUGUGGGAUGCAGGAGAGACAGAGCGAACCCCAUUCUCUCUCUCUCUCUCCCUCCCUUCCCUCUGCUGCCCCCCCUUCUUCUCUCUGCUCCGAGCCUCUCUAAUUCACCUGACUCUGGGCUGGCUCAGUACUGGGCGAUGAGCAUGGCCAUUAGGAGAAUCUCAGCAGGGUGUUUGUGUCUGACAGAUUCCCACAGCACUCACAGGUCACAGGCAUUCUGGGAAAUGUUAGCAUAAAUCCAGGGUUUUACUGCAGAACAGAGACUCUAAGCCUGUAAUGGAGGGGCAGCAGCUCGUCAGUGAGCUGCUGAGUGGUCUGUGCUGUCUGCAGUCAUGUGAUCUACAGUCUUACGGAGCUGGGAACUCUGGGAACUCUUCAGUUGAGAGGGAGGGGGGCGGAUGGAGGGGUCAGAUCGCUUAGCCACAGUUCUGCCCCGUAUUCAGAUAAGUGGGGCAGCCCCGUGUGUCCCUGCUGAAUGUGGAGAGCACACGCUUAGCAUUCCACCCCACUACCAUGAAUUUUCCUAAAUAAAACAUUUGAAAAGUAGCACUUAUAUGGGAAUUACCUGAAGAGGUUUUUAGACCAGAUGGAGUGGCCCAGCUCCCUGUCCUUAACCCUGUCCCCCUGUCUGUCUGUCUGUCUGUGAAUCCCUCCUCAUCUCUCCAUACUAAGAUGCAGUAAAUCAGACUAUGCACUAAAACCUGCCACAUUCCCUGCUCUUUACUCCACAUCCUCCUCUGGCAGUUUGGGGGAGAGAUGAGCUUUUGAAUCUCCUCAUGCGAUGAACAUUUUUCUGCCUGCUUCCAAACCCCCCCCCCCCCCCCCCCCCCCCCCCCCCGCCCCCAGAGCUAAAUUUGCAUUCCAUCGUCUUCUUGUGUGCUGGUUUAUGUCCUGAUGUGCAGUUCUCGGUCCAACAUGCUAACCCUGCUCCAUUUGUGUGUGGGACUUAGUUACCCCUGCCAAGAUUUUUAUGUCAAGGGCGUUACAUUUUGGAAAAAACAGGUGUUAGCAGAUAUUUCUGUAGUAGUGUAUCAUGAAGACGAAAACUUUCCUGUGUGCCACAAAACACAGUACUGCAUUUCCCCAGUACAGCAGGAACCAGGCCAGCAGGAAGUGGGAUCAGGGCAGCAGAAAGUAGGACCAGACCUGCAGGAAGUGGGAUCAGGCCAGCGCAUCAACACAGCCCCUUUGGGCUCACACAGGCCUGCACAUCAACAGAGAUUACAGAGAAACUCCCUAGGACAUGGACUAAAGAAAGGGCCAUAAUGAGCCAGCCUGGUUCAGCUCUACAGUGGGAAAGGGUUUUAAAUGAAAGAGCCUAUUCAUCAAACCAGUUGAUUUUUAUUUCCCCCCCACAUACAGUAUUAGUGUCUAUGUUGUGGUAGAAUUGUGAAUUCAUCAGGCAGUAGCAGAGCAUUCAGCGUCCAGCUCCUGACCAGGCAAAUGACCAGCGAGUUUAGAACAGAAAUAUAAAUGCACUGGGAGCAUCCGUAACAUUGAGAGAGCACUACUUUAACGUUACUGUAACAUUGAGAGAGCGCUGCUUUAACGUUACUGUAACAUUGAGAGAGCGCUAUUUUAACAUUACUGUAACAUUGAGAGAGCGCUAUUUUAACAUUACUGUAACAUUGAGAGAGCGCUGCUUUAACGUUACUGUAACAUUGAGAGAGUGCUAUUUUAACAUUACUGUAACAUUGAGAGAGCGCUGCUUUAACGUUACUGUAACAUUGAGAGAGCGCUAUUUUAACAUUACUGUAACAUUGAGAGAGCGCUAUUUUAACAUUACUGUAACAUUGAGAGAGCGCUGCUUUAACGUUACUGUAACAUUGAGAGAGUGCUAUUUUAACAUUACUGUAACAUUGAGAGAGCGCUGCUGUAACGUUACUGUAACAUUGAGAGAACGCUACUUUAACAUUACUGUAACAUUGAGAGAACGCUAAUUUAACGUUACUGUAACAUUGAGAGAACGCUACUUUAACGUUACUGUAACAUUGAGAGAGCGCUAUUUUAACAUUACUGUAACAUUGAGAGAGCGCUAUUUUAACAUUACUGUAACAUUGAGAGAGCGCUGCUUUAACGUUACUGUAACAUUGAGAGAACGCUACUUUAACGUUACUGUAACAUUGAGAGAACGCUACUUUAACGUUACUGUAACAUACUUGUGUACCUGUACCUCGCCCUAACACUCUGACCAAAUGCGACAUUCCAUUUUUACUGCUUUGCCUUUGGACCACUGCCCUUUAUGGCCAAAAAAAAAUCUGUUGUCUUCCAAGAAGAUAAUAAAUAGCUGGUGAAAUUA